AUGCAAUAUACUUCUUCAUAACUAAUUCGAAAUCAAACUCCUGAAGACUUAAUUUAAUCAUAUUCGACUUAAAAAAGAGAUAAUGUCUCCACCAACUCUAAGAUGUAGACUUAAAUAAAACAUUCAAUUGAAUUACUAAAAUGCAACCUAAUAAGUCGUUAAACAGUAAGUGAUUUUACAAAUAGAAGUUAAGACUAACUUGUUUACUAAUUAUUUUAACUUUAAUAGAAAGUACAUAAUUCCUAAAAAUAAUUCAUUAAAAAAGAAUUGUAUUUGUAAGAGUAGAUACUUUAGACCCAAAAAAACUUUGAUAAAACAAUGAACCUAAUGAAAUUAAAAUACUAGAUGUAAAUAGAUGAUCUAAAUUCUGAACUAAAGGUGAAGGAUGAGGAAAUCUAUAGUCUUAAUUUAUAAUUAUAAUAAAGCAAUUUGAAUAAAAUUGAGGAAAGAUUGUAUUCAUCUUAAUAAAAGCAAAAAUCUUAAACUAGCGAAUAUUUAAAUACUGAAAGUUCAAGAAUGAACAGUCAAUUAAAAAUGCCAAGAAGUUCUUCUGGUGUGAGCAAAUAUUAAAAAGAAUUGAAUAGAAUUAAACUUCAGACAGCAGAGUUUGCUUAAAAAUUUGAGAAUGAGAAAAACCAAAUUCAAACAGAUAUUGCCAUUUUGAAAAAUUAGAAAUAAGUUCUCUAAGGUUACUUAAAUUUUAGUAAAGGAUAAAGUACCGAUCGAUCAUAUUAUAAUUCGCCAAUAAAACUAAAUAGUAUGAUGACCAAUAGACAGAGUAGCUCUUCGUUUGGAGUCAAAGAUUAUUUCUCUCGCAAACAAUGA